GUUCGGAGUCUACCUUCCUUUUCUCUUCCUGAAGAUCUUGCUCACAUUUUAUCUUCUUAUAGUUAAAGGAAACGAUGUUUGCAGACUAGUUCGAUACCAACUCCCCCUCCUAAACAAAUCACUCAUUGAUCACGUGAUUACUGGCGUGCUUGUAAAGGACGAUGACGAGUGCCAGCUCCGAUGUUACAUGGAGCCUAGGUGCCUCUCUUAUAAUCUGGGACCUCAUAUGCCUUAUGGACACGAAUGUGAAAUCAGCAAUUCAGAUCAUGUGCAACACGCUCAAGAUUUAGUUUCUAGACCAGGUUACACCUACAUUGGGACUGAGAAUGGAUGCUCGUCUAGUCCGUGUCUGAACAACGCCACUUGCCUUUCGCUGUCACCAACAACUUUCCAGUGCCAAUGUUCCUCAGGAUUUACCGGGAUAAACUGCGAAACGGGGAAGAGUUGCCGAGAUAUUAAGACUGCAUCACCUCAUGCUCCGAAUGGUAUGUACCGCGUACAUCCUGAGGGUGGGCGCCGCUCAAUCUGGGUCUAUUGCGAUAUGACGUCAUUUGGCGGCGGAUGGACGAUGUGUUACUCAACCAAUAACAAGGUUCAUCUCAGAAAGGAAGUGACAUACAACGAGAGUCUGCCAUAUGGUACAAACGGCUACAGAACUGACUGUAAUCAUAUUCAGUUUCGCGAAAUUCUUUUUGUGGACGAACUAGAGGGUGACCACGCCUUCUUUACACAUCAGUCUGGCUCUAGUCUUGUAAUGGCGGGAAAUUACCAAAAACAAUUUCCAGGGUUCUGGAAAGCAGGAGGUGUAGCAGACACAAGAUAUCACUAUCAGCUUCUCAUCUGCAAUACAAAGUUUUAUUCUGGAUUCCUCUUGACAGGAAACUUUUACGUUUGCAGAAUACGCUGUACGUAUUGGUGCAGCGAUAAGAUCUCUCCAUUCUUCCGGACAGCGGCAAAUUCAAGUGUAUUUACCGGCGUGGCCUUCAAUAUCAAUGGCCACCGGUCUCUAAAGAGCCGCCUGAUCAGCGUUGGGCUGAGAUGAAUGAAAUUCCCAAGCAUGAACUUUGAUUGCUUCCAAUAGGAAUCGAGCCUACGACUCUCUGCGAAUAGUCCAUUUUACAGUUGUGUGCUUGGUUGCCAAGCCUUUGAAUGGGAGUGAGGCUAGAGAUGAG